GACAGCGCGGGCCAGGGGCGGGGAGCCUGGAAACCGAUCAAACCCUGGGGGCCCGGGGCGCGAGGCCCGGGGGGGAGAGGGGUCUCGGGCCCCCGCCCCCGCCCCCGCCCCCGCCCCCGCCCCCGCCCCCGCCCCCGGGGUUCACAGGGAGCGGGGCCUUUGCUGCUGCAGCGACCUCCCUGAGCCGCCUCCUGGAGUCGAUCAGCUCCAGCUCCGCCUUCAGGGAGCAGACUCUCCGAGUGACCCCUCUCUUCCCAAAGGGAUCAUGUUUCUGAGCUCAGAUGGAGGAGGUGGCCCAGGGUUCUGAGGGGGCAGCUGGAGAUGCAGUGACUACAGGGAGCAAGCACGAUGUCGCUCGCACUUCAGGGAAGAUGCCAGUCCACACGAAAGCCUCUCUCCUUGACAGUGGGGAGGAUGUUGAGAUGAGCAACGAUGACACAGAUGAGGAGGACACAAGUGAACUCCCCUCUUUGGAAGACUUGGGACUUACUGAGGUCCAGAAUGCAGCUGAGGAAAAUUCCCAAUCCAGCAUCAAGGAGAUGAAUGAAGAGGUUGGAAGCAGGGCAAGAAAUGAGGACAGCCGACAGGAACCAGAUGACGAGUGGCUUCAGGUCCUGGGGAAUGGGCUGCUGAAGAAGAAGGUUCUGGUAGCUGGCCAGAGUCAGGAGCCAAGGCCACAGAAAGGUCAGAAUGUAACUGUGAGGCUGAAGAUGGCAUUGGAGGAUGGGACAGAGGUGGAGGAAGAUCCCAAUCGGUGUUUCACUGUGGGGGACGGUGACGUUAUUCAGGCAUUAGAUCUCUGUGUUCAGCUGAUGGAUCAGGACGAAGUUGCGUUAAUUAUCUCAGAUGCAAAGUACGCUUACGGCAGUCUGGGCAGCUCCCAGCCCAGUGUGCCCUCAAAUGCCACUGUCCAUUUGGAGGUUCAGCUUCUGUCUGUGAGUGACAGCCCAGACUUGGAGUUGUUGUCAGGGAAUGAGAGACUGCUGCUGGCUAAUAAGAAACGAGAGCGAGGAAACGCAUAUUUCUUGCGCAGUGAAUAUGUCUUUGCAAUCAGCUCCUACGAUAUUGCUCUCAAUAUUGUCAACUCCAGCUCCAAAGUUGACUUUCUGGAGGGGGAAGAGGAGGAGUUGAUGAACGUGAAGGUGAAAUGUUUGAAUAAUCUGGCAGCUGCCCAGCUAAAGCUUGAACACUUUGAGGCAGCUCUGAAAUCCUCGAAUGCAGCCCUUCAGCACCAACCGAACAACGUCAAGGCCCUCUUCAGGAAAGGAAAGGUCCUGGCCCUGCUGGGUGAAUACACAGAGGCCAUUCCUGUCCUCAGGAAAGCCGCACAGCUGGAACCAUCAAAUAAGGCGAUUCAAGCUGAACUCUCCCAGGUCGUGAGGAAGCAGUUGGAGCAGCGGACCACUGAGCAGGCCAUGUAUCGCAAGAUGCUCGGAGACAUAGCAUUGCCACCCCGCUGCCCACCCUCGCCAUCAUCCUGGAGGAUUCCUUGGAAGUGGCUGUUUGGAGCAACUGUGGUUGCUGUCGGAGGUGUGGCUAUGUCAGUCAUCAUCGCUGCAAGAACCUGAUACUUAAUGGCCAGAGUAACACUCUUAAAGGGACAGGCCACAAACAAUUGCAGAAUUUCUCUAAUAUGUUCUCUUUUCCAAUUUAGAGCAUUCUGGACCUCCUAUUACUUCAGGUAUUGUAAAUAAAGUUAGAGGAAUUGAGCCAACCCAAUUCUUUCAUUCCAUUGAAAUUUAUUAACUUGGAACCCGUGAUAGACUGCAGAUUGGUUGAUAGAUCUGUUUUGAUUUGACAUUAAUUUAUUUCUCGGAGGGGAGCAUGAAGCUUCCUACCAAGUGACAUUUAUCUAAAAAUGUUUAUAUAAUUAUAAUAAAAUGUUUUUAUUGAA